ACAGUUGCGAUUAAAAAAAAUAAAUAAAAAAUUAAAAAUAUAUAUAUAUAUAUAUAUAUAUGCGUGUGUGUAUACACAAAUAUGUUUAUAAGAGACAAACGAAAAAAAAAACACCAAGGACAAAAAAAACCACGUAGGAAGAACUGUGGGCAUAUACUGGAAAGUAGACAGGGAGGCGGGGGUCUGGGGGGGCAGGAAACAUUCUGCCCCAGCCAAUCGGGCACGCCAGGGAAGAUUACGUCACAGCCAAUGGGUAGCCAGCGCGGGACUUUCAAUUUUAUCGCCCCGCCCAAUAGGGAAAAGACUGUGCCUAUAAAGACGGCUGUUGCGGGUCCGGGAGCGAUACCGUCCCGGCCGCCGUGUUGUGCAGUUCGCCAUGGCCCGCACUAAGCAGACCGCGCGCAAGUCGACCGGUGGUAAGGCCCCGCGGAAGCAGUUGGCCACCAAAGCGGCUCGCAAGAGCGCGCCGGCCACGGGCGGCGUGAAGAAGCCGCACCGCUACCGCCCGGGCACCGUGGCGCUGCGCGAGAUCCGGCGCUACCAGAAGUCGACCGAGCUGCUGAUCCGCAAACUGCCCUUCCAGCGCCUGGUGCGCGAGAUCGCGCAGGACUUCAAGACCGACCUGCGCUUCCAGAGCUCGGCCGUCAUGGCGCUGCAGGAGGCGAGUGAGGCCUACCUGGUGGGCCUGUUCGAGGACACCAACCUGUGCGCCAUUCACGCCAAGCGCGUCACCAUCAUGCCCAAAGACAUCCAGUUGGCCCGCCGCAUCCGCGGGGAGCGGGCCUAAGAAGCGCGCGCUCGACCCCAGGUUCCAUCGCAAUCCAAAGGCUCUUUUCAGAGCCACCCACGAGGUCACUGGAAAGAGGCUGUGUGCCACUGGGUCUCCGCGCCCCUGGGAAUGGGCGGGGGGGGGGGGCUUAUACUCGCGGGCAGAGUAUCGGGCUCCUAUACAAAGGGUGCAAGACCCUCGCGUUGGCUGCCUUCCGGCCUGUUACUCAAACUCAGGAGUUCCGGAUACUACUCGGCAGCCUCGCGUCCACGUGGUUGGGCUCCCCUGGUGGGCUGUCUUCACGAGCGGGUUCCGUGUCGGGGAUGGGCCGCCUCUGGGACGAGUCCUUCGGGACGCUGGCGACUCGUGGCCUGGGGUGCACCGGGAACACCUCUCCCGCCGGCAGGAGAGGUGCGCACUCCUCACCCCCGCCGGAAACGGCCCCAUCCUGCGCGGGCUCUCGGGCUGGAGAGGAAAGUCGUCCCCUCUGUCGGGCUGGUUUCUGCAGCUUCAAGGUUCCGGGUUCCUGUGUCACCACGACUGGACAGCACCUCCCACCCUCUUAUCCUAAUCAAAAGCCCGGGGCGGGGAGAGUGAAAGAGAGAGAGUGUGCGUGCGUGGACACGAGCCCUAUGGGCCACUCGUGAGCCUGGGCCUUCAACGGACCGAUUUCAGCCCGGAAACCUUCGGCUUCUCUCUCUGCAUACCCCGCCCAGACGCGGUUUCUCCACGUUUUUUAAAGCUCCCUUUGCCUCUCGAGAU